UCCCUAUGCAAUGUUUUGUUUUGUUUGCGAAUGGUGGGUUUUGGAAUGCGUUUUACGACUUCCCAUCGUAUAAACAAAGAAAUCUUGCUAGAAAACUAGAGUUUCAAGAUGCCGGGGACAAUUUUAGAGAAUCUUAGCGGCAGAAAACUGAGUGUUUUAGUUACCAUUUUGGUUCUAAGCCAGUUGGCUUGUUUUCUUGUUGGUUUAAUAUCGCCCAGCCCGGCCUCAACACAAAGUAUUCUGGCAACAGUUUGCGUAGACGAUAAACCCCAAGACGAUAAGUUAAACCACUGGUUCGAUUUAGGAUGCUCUAAAAAAAUACAUUUAGAGCGCGAAGAAUCCACUAUAGGUUUAGAUGCCAACAAUUUAGUUUUUGCAAUGCAAAUGCCUCUGCACGGUCAAGAUUAUUCCAGUUGGCAACAGAACCUAGUUGGCGAGCUUCAAAUCGAUGUUAUCUACAAGGAAGGUCAAAAACUGAGCAAUCCCAUGAUAGAGCUCCUUCUUGAUGCCCGCAUAGCUUACAGUGAUAAAACCAAGGACGGAGGAAGGACUCCAUGGAAGUAUUAUACUCAUUCCCAAACAAAAAGGUUCAUGGAUUGUAUUUUUAAUGAAACAUUUGUUAAAGAUGGUUACCCAUAUGACUGUACCAUGGUGCCAUUAUUCGAACUAGGCUCAUUAUUUCACGAUUACUACCUGUUAAAUUUAAGGUUGCCCUAUGAUAAGAAGAAAGAGAUCAAUACGGGUUUAGGUAGAGUAAGUGACAUAUAUCUUCACACGAUUCACAUGAACGGGGGCUUCACUAAGGUCUGGGUUAGCUUAAAAACUGUCUUUUUCCCCAUUAUCCUGGCCAUAAUGAUAUGGUUCUGGAAUCGAGUACAUUCCUUGUCCAGAAAACCAGCUUUGUUAGAAUAUAUGCUGAUCAGUUUAGGCGGUACCCUGGCAUUCCUUGAUUUGCCUAUAGAGUAUUUCACCCUGUACUUUGACAUGCCAUACAUGCUGUUUCUGAGCGACAUUCGUCAAGGUGUUUUUUAUGCCAUGUUACUCUCUUUUUGGUUGGUUUUCACUGGAGAACACAUGUUGAUUCAGGAAACAGGCGAGAAGAAUUCUCUGAGGAAGUACUGGAAGCAUUUGAGUUCCGUAGCGGUGGGUUGUGUGAGUUUACUAAUUUUUGAUCUGUGUGAACGAGGGGUGCAUCUGGUAAAUCCGUUUUACUCCAUUUGGGUGACACCAUUAGGUACUAAUUUAGCUCUAACUUUCGUUAUAUGUGCCGGUCUCAGUGCGGGCAUUUAUUUUGCAUUUCUAUGCUACAUGAUAUGGAGGGUGUUCAAAAAUAUCAGUAUUAAGCGAUCAGUACUGCCCAGCAUGACGCAAGCCAGGCGUUUGCAUUAUGAAGGUAUAAUAUACAGGUUCUGUUUUUUGAUGUUCGCCACGCUGAUUUGUGCCGCAGUUACUAUAUGUUCGUUUUUGCUCUCUCAGUAUGUACAGGGCGAGAAAAAGUACGACGAAAACAUGGACUUGGAGUUGACCUCCGUUAUCCAUACGGGCGUUUAUGGAAUGUGGAAUGUUUAUAUUUGUGCUCUGUUGAUGUUGUAUGCUCCCAGUCACAAGCGUUGGCCCUCUGAACCGAUCUGUGCUGAAGGGGAGGAAGUUGAAUUUAGCCGGUUAUCGAAUGAUACGAGUACGCCCAAUGAAAUAUCGUCGCUUACUUCUUUUGUUGCCAAGGCAAAUAUUGAGUAAAAAAGUUAUUUUCUCUUCCCAGAUCAUAUCAAAAAAAUGCUUCCAUUUUACAUGUUUUAUUUUCGAAUCUGUCGUAGAUCUGUGUAGUUUUAAGCGUCUGUAAAUUUCUAUGGAUAAUGUGGCCACAAUAAUACUUAAUUGUUUUCAAAAUUUUAUGAUUUCUUUGAUACUGCGAGUAGAAAGUAUCUAAAUAAUUUUUUAUACAAAAUAGAUCAAACGUACCAAAUUCUUCCGGUAAAUUUUUGUUAUUUAAAGUUUGACAUUAUUUUCUUAGCAAAUUGUAUUUAUUCUAAAAUUAUUUUUUAAACUUCCUCAUUAAUUAAAACAAGGUCUUCUUAAAAACAUAUCAGAAAAAUGAACUAUGUAUUGUGUACCAGUUCCUGUUGAAUUUUCGUGAUAAUUUUUCUAUUGGCGACUAUUUUUUAUAUUUGUUGUGUGAGAAACUAUACAUAUACAAUUAUUUAAUUCUAAAAUUAGGUUCAUACUAACUUGCAAUAAAAAAGUUUUAUUAAUGCUUGAGUAGUAUUAGAAUCUCUCUAUUUAUAUAUUUAUACAAAUACUAUUAUUAGUAGUAAUGUUUUUUAAUUUAAUAUUUUAAAACUUUUCAGUAUUAUUUCGUCCUUGUGAUUGUUUAAAAGUAUUUUUGUAACGUAGAAAUCGUAAUGAUAUAGAUAUUGUUUAAUGUGUAACUUUAUGUAAAAUAUAAUAAAAAUUUAUGUA